UGACAGGGUAGUAAAACCAAAUACAAAUGUCCAAAGCGGUCACUUUUUUGGUUAUUUUGAACAUCAUGCUCCAUUAUGUCACAGAUGAAUAACUCUUAAUUACACAUGGCAUCGAAACUAAAAUACAACAAGUAACCACAAUGGCAAAGUUUUUGGUGCUAUUGGCAGUUGUGUGUAUUGUCGGAGCCGUUGCAGUACGUGGUGAAUUCGACAAGAAGGAAGCCCAAGCCAAGCUUAAGGCUAGAGCCGGAGAGUGUAAAACUGAAGUUGGUGCUACCGAGGCCGAUAUUAAGGAAUUGAUGGAAAUGAAACCCGCAUCAACAAAGGAAGGAAAAUGUUUGCGUGCAUGUCUCAUGCAAAAAUACGAAGUGAUGGAUGCUUCGGGAAAAUUUGUCACAUCAGUUGCUCUAAAGCAUGCCGAAAAAGCUACCAAUGGUUCCGCGGAUAAAAUGAAACUAGCUCUGGAAAUUAUCAAUGCCUGUGCCAGCACUCAAGUGUCGUCGGACCUUUGUCAAGCAGCUGAAGAUUAUGGAAAGUGUUUCAAACAACAAGCUACUGCCCAUGGAAUCGAUGACAACUACCAAUUCUAAAUUUUAAUGAUUGACCAUUACAAAUGUUUUGAACGGAUUAAGCAUUGACUGUUUUGCAAAUUUAAAAUUAAAA